AUGGUAUGUGACUCUACAUGGCUAGCCAGGACGCUGGAGGAGCUGGUGACAGAGUCCGUCAAGGCGGUGACCUCAGACGAUGCGAGUGAGAUUGGAAGCCCGCUAGGCGCAGAGACGAUGUCCGAGGCCGCUGUUGACUCUGGAGUGGCUUCCAGCGAAGAUGAGAUUUCCACUGCGGUAGCCGAUGUGCUUGUGCUUGUUGUGAAAGUACUUGGGUACAGGCUUUCGACUAACGGAAUCGUGGAUGAAGAAGAUGGAAUAGGGUCGGCGAGCGAUGCGCUCGUGGCCUCGGACGAGGUGAUGAAAGACGACGCGAUGCUUGACGGCGAGGCGGAUGUUGAACCUGCGUGUGUGCUCGUGGUUGGCGCUGCACUCGCCGGUGGGAUUGAGGCCUUCGCAGGCGUGGACGACGCGGACGAUGCGGACGAGGCUGCAGGCCUGCAAUUGCCGAAACCUGGCUGGCAGCCGCUACCACAGUAUGCAUCAGUACUUCCACUGUCGCGCAUUAGUAUACAGUAG